AUGAUUGAUUAUACACAAGAAGCAUGUGGUCAAUUACAAUCUUAUUGUGAUUUAAUAUAUCAUCAUGAAUUAUAUGUUGAACAUUUUAUAUCAAUAACAACACAUUAUCAAUUAUUAUUAUUAUUUUUAUUUGAACAAAAUGAUACAUGUACAUAUAUACAUAAUUUAUUUGAUCUUAUACAUCAUACAUCAGGUGCAAGUCACUUAUUCGUUUGUGAAGGAAUACAUUUAGAUGAAAGUGGUCUUCUAUUAGUUUUAUUAAUUGAACAAUUCUUUCCAUUACCAUAUAUAUCUGUAUGA